AUGUCCUUCCAGCAGCGGGAUGUCCAAAUGUCUCCGAUGGAAACUACUGAGGAGGCCCCAAAGCCUAAGCAAUCACAUCAAGGCAGCAAACUGAAACGUUUCAGUUCCAGGUGGCAAUCGGGGGGCUCCUUCAGUCGCAGCAACAUUUCCCUUCAAACACCUGAGACAGGGAAUGGGUCAAAGACUGAGAGAAAGCGGCGCAAGCUCUUAGGCGACCCACAGUCGGCGUACUUGACCACCGGCAGCCAACGUCAGCGUUACGUUAGCAAAGACGGCAAGUGCAGGGUCAACUUGGGGCCAAUCGAGGACAAAAGGCGCUUCAUUUCAGAUAUUUUCACCACACUGGUGGACCUCAAGUACCGCUGGUUCCUUCUCAUCUUUACCAUGUGCUACAUCCUCACAUGGUUGACCUUUGGCGGGAUCUACUUCCUGGGCGCAUGGUUGCGAGGCGAUAUCGCGCACGUGCACGACCGACAGUGGCGGGCGUGCUAUGAAAACGUGGACAGCUUCCUGUCCGCACUGCUGCUGUCUUUGGAGAGCCAGAGGACCAUCGGCUACGGAUCCAGGAUGGUGACAGCCAACUGUCUGGAAGGGGUGGUGCUCCUGAUGGCGCAGUCCAUCAUAGGCUCCAUCAUCGAUGCUCUGAUGGUAGGCUGCAUGUUCGUCAAAAUCUCCCGGCCCCAGCAGAGGGCGCAGACGUUGAUCUUCAGCAAACACUGCGUCGUAUGCGAGCGAGAUGACAAGUUGUGCAUGCUCUUCCGUAUCGGGGAUUUGAGGGAAAGCCACAUGGUGGAUGCCAAGAUCCGGGCCAAACUUAUCAAAUCAAGGCAGACCAAGGAGGGUGAAUUUAUCCCGUUGGAGCAGUCAGAGCUCAACUUGGGUUAUGACACAGGCGGGGAUCGACUGCUGCUGGUGGAGCCCCAGACCAUCACCCAUGUCAUCAACCAAAGCAGCCCCUUCUGGGAAAUAGGGGCCCAGCGUUUGAAGAGGGAAAGUUUUGAAAUCAUCGUUAUCUUGGAGGGCAUCGUGGAAGCCUCUGGCAUGACGUGCCAGGCCAGGACGUCCUACACGGAGGACGAGGUCUUGUGGGGUCACCGCUUUGAGUCAUGCAUAUCUUUGGAGAAAGGGGCCUUCCGCGUGGACUACAGCGCUUUCGACAAAACCUUUGAGGUUCAGAUGUCAAAAUUGAGUGAAAAAGACAGGAGAAGUGGAACCAGACAAGAACUUGCAUUUUAG